GAGAGGAGCGAAAAUAAUCUCCAAUUUCUUGAAACAACGUUUUAUACAAAAAAGUUUAUUUCAUUUAUAUUCAACUCUUUUGUUUCUCCUUUCCGUUAAAAUGAGUCGAAAGCAAACUCCAAGUGACUUUUUAAAGCAAAUUAUCGGCCGUCCUGUGGUCGUGAAACUGAAUAGUGGUGCAGAUUAUAGAGGUGUCCUGGCUUGUCUUGAUAGUUAUAUGAACAUUGCUUUGGAACAGACUGAGGAAUAUGUGAAUGGACAGUUAAAAAACAAAUAUGGUGAUGCUUUCAUUCGUGGAAAUAAUGUGUUAUACAUUAGUACACAGAAAGCAAGAAGAUAGAAUAAUAUUGAGACACAAAUUUACGUUGAGUGGAGUUUCAUUUGGCAUUCUGGCAAGCAGAUUGACAUCUGAACAGAUUGCAUACAUGUAUGUGUUUUCAAGUGAAAAGAACUGCGGCCAGUUGUACGAAGGCUGGAUGCUGCUGUCCACCAGUUAGUGAUGUUCUCAACCUUUCUAAAAAUGCUUAGAAAGCGAUAAAAUUUCUGUUUUGGGACCAACAAUUGUUAAAGAGGAUCCUCAAUUUAGGAAUAUUAAGAUUCAAUCAAAGUUAUUCCUAACAACAGGCGAUUUUAAAGCAAUUGAAAAAACCACUAUCGGGUGGAUAGCACUAUCCGGCUGUCAUACAACUGGCCCCAUCUGUGUAGAUGUAUUGUUUCAUAAAUGUACCUGUACAGUCGUUAAAAUCAUAUCAACUAAGAGAUACAUUGCUUGGCCUAAUAACUAUGUACAGGUGAAGUUUUUGUUUUACAAGUAAAAGUUUCUUUUCCAUACAUACAUUGAAAAAUAAGUAUAACCUAAAAUUAAAAAACCUAAAUUCUAA